UCUCGAUCAGCUGUUCCAAACAGGUUUACAAGGAAAGUUUUUAACUUCAAAGCAAAUAAAAAUGUUGCGCUUUAAUUUAAUAGUGGCGGUUUGCGAGAACUUUGGCAUCGGAAUCAAGGGAGAUCUUCCGUGGCGCCUAAAAUCCGAGCUGAAGUAUUUUAGCCACACCACAAAGAAGACGAAUGAUCCUGCCAAGCAUAAUGCCGUCGUGAUGGGUAGGAAAACUUAUUUCGGAGUUCCAGAAAGCAAGAGACCUCUCCCCGAUCGUCUGAACAUAGUGCUGAGCACCACACUUAAACCCGAAGAACUGCCCGAAUCAGUACUUCUUUUUCCAAAUCUGGAGGAAGCUCUGAAGUUUCUGGAGGGUAAAGAAGAGGUUGAGAACACAUGGAUCGUGGGUGGCAGUGGUGUUUAUGCGGAGGCCAUGGCCUCCCCAAAAUGCCACCGGCUGUACAUAACUAAAAUCCAGCAGGAGUUUGAGUGCGACACAUUUUUUCCCGCAAUCCCCGACAGUUUUCAAGAAGUUACUCCCGAGUCCGAUGUUCCACUGGGUGUGCAAGAGGAAAAUGGCAUAAAAUACGAGUACAAGGUCUUAGAAAAACAGUCGCAAUAAAGUAAACCUUCUUUUA